GCCAUUGCUAGAUUUUGGGGAUUGAUCUUCAACUGUUUGAACAUGAAUGAAAAUGGCAAGUUUCUUCAUGGCACGCUCGAAGUAACGAUCUUUCGUGCUACAAUGUCCAAACCAUCUGUUCCAUUUAAGUUGCAGUGUAUAUCUUUAGGUAGAAGGUCUUCAUAUGUGACUAUCAAGAUUGACAACAAGAAAAUGGCAAAAACUACUAAUGAAAGUGAUCAUGUUUGGAACCAAACCUUCCAAAUUCUGUGUGCUCAUCCACCACAGACAACGAUCACGUUGACAUUGAAACGAAAGUGUUCUGUUUUGGGGAAGAUCGACAUACCUGCUCAUAAUCUUCUAGGCGAGUCGAGCUUGAUCAAUGGCUUCUUCCCUUUAUCCAAACAGAAUGGUGAGCAGAAGAAGAAGCUCAAGCUGCAGUUUAUUGUGUGGUUUAAGCCUGCAGAAGACGAAAAAACUUGGGAGAAAGCAUUGAAAAAUGAUAGAUAUCAAGGUUUGAAGAAUACCUCUUUUCCUAUGAGAUCAAACUGUGGUGUCACAUUGUAUCAAGAUGCUCACCACCAUCCCUCGUUCCACCCGCCCUCGAAUGGUAGGCCUAGGCGCCUCUGGGAGGACGUGUACAACGCGAUUGAUGGCGCGAAGCACUUGAUCUACAUUGCCGGAUGGUCAUUCAAUCCAAGAAUGGCCUUGGUGCGUGACCCUGAGACGGAUGUCCCUCACGCGCGUGGGGUGAAGCUCGGGGAGCUGUUGAAGCGUAAGGCAGAGGAAGGGGUGGCUGUGAGGGUCUUGCUGUGGGAUGAUGAGACGUCGUUGCCUUUGAUAAAGAACAAAGGGGUGAUGAAGACUCAUGAUGAGGAUGCAUUUUCCUACUUCAAGCAUACGAAAGUCGUGUGCAGGCUUUGCCCGAGGCUGCACGACAAGUUCCCCUCUGCGUUUGCCCAUCAUCAGAAGGCGAUAACAGUGGACAGCCACGUCGAUCACUCUUCAAGAAGCCGCGAGAUCAUGAGCUUUCUCGGUGGAUUAGACCUGUGUGAUGGGAGAUAUGACACAGAGGAGCAUUCCCUUUUCAAGACUCUAAACAUGGAGUCUCAUUGCUAUGAUUUCUACCAAACUAGUCUCCAAGGGGCCAGCCUCCACAAGGGGGGGCCGAGGGAGCCAUGGCACGACGUUCAUGCUUGUGUCGUGGGCCAGGCUGCUAGAGACGUGCUUGAGAAUUUUGAGCAGAGAUGGACGAAACAAUGUGAUCCGUCUCUCCUAGUUCCGGUUAGCUCAAUUCAAGAACUGUGUCAGCAGCCUAAUCCUGAGAGAAGUUGGAAUGUUCAAGUUUUUCGAUCCAUUGACCAUGUCUCCGCGAGCCCUCUGCCUAAGAGCCUUCCCAUCGAGAGAAGCAUCCAUGAGGCGUAUGUGGAGGCGAUAAGGAGGGCGGAUAGGUUUAUAUACAUUGAGAAUCAGUACUUCAUAGGAGGGUGCCAUAUGUGGGAGGAAAACAAGCAUUGUGGCUGUGGGAACUUGAUUCCUAUUGAGAUUGCUCUCAAGGUGGCUAGUAAGAUCAAGGCGAGGGAGAGGUUUAGCGCGUAUAUAGUGAUACCAAUGUGGCCCGAGGGUGUUCCUGAGAGCGAGACGGUUCAAGACAUACUGCAUUGGACUAGAGAGACCAUGAAAAUGAUGUAUAAAUUCAUAGCAGAAGCAAUUCAAGAAAGUGGUGAGGAUGGUCAUCCAAGGGACUACUUGAAUUUCUUCUGCCUUGCUAACCGUGAAAUCGAGGUAAAAGGCGAGUUCAUCCCUCCGUACAAUCCACACCCUCAAACACAGUAUUGGAGUGCACAGAAGCAUAGGAGAUUCAUGGUUUAUGUCCACUCAAAACUCAUGAUAGUGGAUGAUACUUAUCUACUGAUAGGCUCAGCGAACGUGAACCAAAGGUCGAUGGAUGGGAAACGAGACACUGAAAUAGCAAUAGGUUGCUACCAAAACCAGCCAAAAAAUGGAGAAAACAGCAUCAUCAAUGGAGGGGUUCGUGCUUUUCGUCUCUCGUUAUGGUACGAGCACACUGGGAGAGACGAAGAGGUGUACAACGAGCCUCAUAGUUUGGAAUGCGUGAAGACUAUACUAUCAAUAGGUGACAAAAUGUGGAAGAUUUACAGCCAAGAUGAAGUCCAAGAUAUGGGAGGUGUUCAUUUAGUGACUUACCCUAUUAAUGUGACUGACAAGGGCUGUGUGGAGGAUCUAGCGGAGAUAGACGGCCAUUUCCCCGACACCAAGACACCCGUGGGAGGCAAGAGAUCGAGCGUUGUUUCGUCUGUAUUCACUACAUAGAAAAUCUAGCACUAUAACUGCAGUUGAGGGAAAGACUAAUAAUAUCUGUAACUCAUUCAACAAAAUUGACUUCAAUUGAUCAUGAAUGCUCCAAAUAUUAUUGAAACUAUGCUGUAUUAUGAUUAAUUAUUUUA